AUGUCGUUCAAGGGCAUAGUUCGCGAUUUAAAGGAGAUAAAAGAUGGAAGAAGAAGUACCUCAAAGAGAGAAGGGAUCGAGGGGAAGCAUUGGCUCAACAAGAACCGGUCUCAUAUAGCCCCUUCUAAGCCCAUUCAGCAAGGGCACUGGGCAAAUUUACCGCCAGAAUUGCUUGUGGACAUAAUCCGGAGGGUUGAAGAAAGUGAGACAUCUUGGCCUGCUAGGACAGCAGUUGUCUUUUGUGCAUCAGUUUGUAAGUCGUGGAGGGAUAUCACUAAGGAAAUUGUCAAGACUCCGGAGGAAUGUGGGAGGCUCACUUUUCCCAUAUCAUUGAAGCAGCCGGGGCCUCGAGACGCACCAAUCCAAUGCUUUAUUAAGCGGGAUAGAUCAACUUCCACUUACUGCUUGUACUUUGGUCUGACCCCAUCUGAGGACGAGAGUGAUAAACUAUUAUUGGCAGCCAAAAAGAUUAGAAGGGCAACAAGCAUGAACUUUGUGAUAUCUUUAGUUGCAGAUGAUUUUUCUCGAGGCAGCAAUACAUAUGUUGGGAGACUAAGGUCUAACUUUCUGGGGACAAAGUUCACCACAUAUGACUGUCAACCUCUGAAUGAUGCUGCUGUGCAACAUAAUAGUUGGUCAAGUAGAAGGUUCCACACGAGCCAAGUAUCUCCAAGAUUACAUGCGUAUAACUACAGUGUAGCCACUAUUUCCUAUGAACUCAAUGUUCUCCGCCCAAGAGGUCCUAGGAGAAUGAAUUGUUUCAUGAAUUCAAUUUCCGUCUCUUCAAUUCAGGAGGGAGGCACUGCCCUGAUGCCAACAUCAUUUCCACAAUGUUCUGACGAGAAAUCUUCUCCCCCACCGGUCUCAGAAGGAAAGGACUCGGUCAUAAACUUCAGCUCACGAAGCCUAUCAAGUUCAUCAUUUUCAAGACCACUUUCUGGAGAGCCACUUGUUCUUAAAAACAAAGCUCCUAGAUGGCACGAACAGUUGCAGUGCUGGUGCUUGAAUUUUAAAGGCCGUGUUACAGUAGCUUCUGUUAAAAAUUUCCAGCUUGUGGCUGCUGUUGAUCCAUCUCUCAACAUAUCGGCCGCUGAACAAGAAAAAGUAAUUUUACAGUUUGGAAAGAUUGGAAAAGAUAUUUUCACCAUGGAUUAUCGCUACCCUCUUACUGCCUUUCAAGCCUUUUCAAUCUGCUUGAGCAGCUUCCACUCAAAACCAGCAUGUGAAUGA